GGACAUCGCUGCAGCGGGAGCGGUUCCACCUUCUUCCAUCGAGAUACUGGAGGUCGCCCACGCGGCGGCCGAAUCGGUAGUGCCUACCGACAUGAUCGCGGGGGCCACCGCGAUGAGUAAGCAGCAAGCUGAGAAGGAAUGCACCAGCACGGCCGCGUGCUCGGAUUCCAGCUCCGAAAAUAGCAUCGCUGCUUCCUCCGGCGCGAUGAUGCUAAACAAUGCUUCGUCCAGCGGGCCACCGAGCAAUUUUCCGUCCAAUAUGAGGUGGGUCCCCAUCCCACCUGUACCGACGAUGAGCCCCCCCAUAUUCGGAAAGUACUAUAUCGAGAUUGAGACUUUACUUUUUCGGCAAUUUCUUGUUGUAUGAUGAUGAAUGUGCGGUCGUUCUUCAUCUUGUUGUUUGGCUAGUACGAAGUAAGAUUUUCAUGCGCUUCGCUUGUGCAUCAGCUUGUCUUCAUUUGCUUUCCUGGUUACUAACUAUACAACACUUCUGUGCUAGGAUUUGAACUGGUGGGAUUACGAAGAAUCUAAAUAUACACUAAAUGUAAAAUAUUCAGGGACGGCUCGAACAUUGUUGCGAGUGGACAGCAGCAGCAGCAGGACAUGAAUUCCAGCAGCCAGGUCGUGCAAGGAGGAGGCAAUGGUUCAACGCCUGAACAGAGCGCAGGUGGUGCUGCGAGUGCAGGAAGUACUAGUAACACUAGUGACCAGCCGACAACCUUCUACCAGCAGCUGAACACAAUGGCGCCGGGGCAGCUCUCGCAGCAACUGCAAGAGCUUGUUGUUUCGCAAAAGGACCCCGAGGACGAGCAGCAGCCGACGAGCGAACAAAUAGGUGGAGCAGUUGUACAACAAUCUGUUCCAAGCGGCGAGACGAGCAAUUUCAUUACUCAGCAGGGGGAGGGAGCUGAUGCUGAACAAAGCAGUGUCGCAGGAGUUGCUCCAGGAGGUUGUACGGCUGCAGCAGCUUCAAGUGUAGAACCUGUUGACACCGAUAGUUGUACCAUCAUGCAGGGGCCGCUACAACUGAAUGGAGUCGUGGUGAACAAUACUUCUGGGUCAUCUUCAACUACGUCGCCGGAUGGAGGGUGUUCUAGUACUGCUGGUGGUCUGGUGACACAACAACCCGCUGCAAGCGACAUUUCGAACAGCAGUGGUCUGAACCUCGCGCAUGAUCAACAGCCGCCAGCAUUGCUGCAGUCGUCCCUGAGCAACAACAGUGCGGACGGCGGAGGUGGUACAUCUGCGGCAGUGCCAGUCGUGCCAAUGACCACGAUAGCGCAGCAGGCGACAGCGAUCAUGCAAAGUAGCCUGUUAACAACUACAUCGAGUUCGUGUAGUUACGCGAACAAUGGCUACAACAGCAACACCAGUGGGGCGUGUAGUACUGCAACAGGAGCCGCGCAAGACACCACUACAGGUGGAACCACGACUCAGUCACUUCUGCAGGAACAUCAAAUCGGCGACCCGAACAGUGUGCAAAACCAGCUACUGAUGCAGCAAAGUGCGAGUAGUUCUCAACUCACAACCCCGCUCGCCACACUAUGGCGCUCUCAACUGUUACAUUCUCAACUGUUACACGAAUUUGCGAUGCAAGAAUGGCAAAAGUGAUAGGGGAGAUCUUGCGCGUCUUGCAUGACAGAUUUGGCGCCGAUUGUCAGCCUGUUUGGCCCUCUGAGAAUUUGUCAUGCGAAGCAGCUUGAUGGUGUCGAUUCUGAAGGCUAUUUUGCAUGACAAAUCAUGUAACAGUUGAGAAUGUAACAGUUGAGAACGCCAUACACACCACUUCAGCACCCGCAGCACUCGCCGCCGCAAGGGCCGUUGAUGGGCGCAGCUGGGUAUCAAAUGUAAAAAUGUCUGGGUCUGGAAGGGUUGGCACUUGUGAUGCAAACUCUGGAGCACACAAAAAUUUGUGUUGCAUGAGCGCCAAAAGCUGUCAAUUUCUUGGCACGCAAGUAGGAAGUUUCUCAUGCGGGAGAGGCAUCAUGAGGCGUGCUCAAAACCUGUGAUGUUUUUGCCUGCAUCAGACGCCAUUUGCGUGAUCCGAAAUAUGCAUGACAAAUCUCGCAAUCUUCCAGACCCAGACAUUUUUACAGUUGAUACUGGGGGGUCAGUAGACAACUCACAGUUGCUGCAGCCAUUGCAGCAGCAGCAGCAGCAGCAGCAGCCUCCUGGCGGAUCCCCGCAGCUGCAGCCACAAGGGUUGAUAGAGUUGAACCAGCAGCAGGGCCAGAUGGUGAAUCAAGGGUCUACUUUGCCGCAGCAGCAGAACAACAGAGGUGGGCAGCCAAUAGUGCAACAACCGGGAGUUCUUGUGGAUAACUGUGGCCAGCAGCAGCAACAGCUGAUCGACCUGAAUAACUUGAACCAGCAGCAGGGUCAGCAGCUUUUGCAGCAGAAUCUGAUGCUGCAGGGGACUACACCAAACUCGGCGGCAGGGCAGCAACAGCAGCAGCUGCAGCUUCAGCAGCAGGGGCAGUUUGGUGUGGGCGUUUUGUCUCCCACCCCGGGGCAGAUGCAACCACUGGACGCGAACGGCAACCCCACGACCUCGCAGCAGCUCGUCCAACCGGUGGUCGAUCCACAGACAGGUCAACCGCUGGACGCGCAGCAGCAACAGAAUUUGUUGCUGCAACAGCAGAUGAUGCAGCAGCAGAUGGCUCAGCUUUCGCAGCAGCAGCAAAUGCAGCAGCAACAACUCGUCCUGAAUCAGCAGCAGUUUCAGCACCAGCAAUUGCUAGGGAACAAUCAUGCGCAGCAGCAGCAGCAGCAGCCGUUCGGCGGUCCGCACAACAUGCAACUGCAAGGCACAACUUCUACUGCUGGCGGAAAUCACCCGCAGCAAAGUCACCCGCAGAUGCUGCAGCAAAUACAACAGCAACAGCAAGGUACUAGCACAGGAGCUGCGAAUGAUUGCGGUGGACCAGCACAGCAGAUGUUGCAAAUGCCCACGGGAGACGAGCAGCCGCAAAUCUUGCAGAUGCCAACCGGAGAACAACAGCUCAUACAGAUGCCAACCGCGGGCGCGGGGGAACAGCACCAGCAGUUGAUGCAGCUACCACCGGAUAAUAUUAACGGCGCGGCUGGGUCGUUGCAGCAACAAGUUGCCCAACAACAGCAGCAACAGCACCAGGCCAUGAUGUUGCAACAACAACAGCAAAUGGGCGGGGGCGACCAGAGUGGUCACCAACAGCAGCUCGGGGUAUUAAACACAGGAGGUCCACAGCAUCUGGUGGAUCCACAGCAGCAGCAGCAGCAGCAGAACCUGCCCGGCACAGCUGCUUCGUCUCCGAACCAAGGGCCGAUUUCGGAUCUGAGUCUGCAGCAGCAGAUGGCCAGUACUUUUCAGCAGCAACAGGUCGAUCAGUUUGGUCACACGACGAGUCAGCAAUUUCAACAGCAGCAGAAUAUGGCAUUUGCUCAACAGCAGCAGAACUUGCAAAUAAACCAGCAGGCGGUGGUCCCGGGACAGCAUCUGCACAUCAACGGGCAGAUAGUCCAGCAGCAGCAGCAGAACCAAAACGGAGGCUGCUUCGGAGCGGACCAGAAUGCUGGUUUUCAGCAGAGCCAGCUCUUGAGUCAGGAGCAGCAGCUACAACAGCAGCAGCAGCAAGCCUUGAUGCAGCAGCAGCAGCAAAAUCUAAUGAAUCAGCAGAAUUUUCAGGACAGUCAAAGUCAAAUGCAGCUUAUGGGGGCGAACAAUACUAUGGGUGGCGGGGGGUCACAACAAGGGCAACACCACCAACAGCAGCAUAAUAACAUGGGACAACAGCCGGACCCGCAUAAUAUGCAGCAGAGCAACAUGAUGCAAUUUUCCAACAACAACGCUCAUCAGCAACAAUUUGCGCAGCAGCACCAGACAGCGGCGCAGCAACACGCCCAAUCCGUCCAGCAGCAGAUUGAUACGAUGGGUCUGCAGUUCAUGGAAUCCCUGUUCCCAUCCUCGACCCAGCAAAGCCCACUGAACCCGCCUUUACCAGCUACCACGAGCGUUUGCAGCGUGGGGUCCUCCACUACUUCCGGAACAACGCAGCAUCACGGGCAGCAGCAGCAGCAGCAGCUCAUGGGCGCCGCCGGUGGACAUCAGCACGCACAACAGGGUGGAAAUAACAACUUUGUGGCGAACAGCAAUGGAGGCUUUGGAGGCAACGCGAUGCAGGGCAGCAACCUCCUCGGCGGCCACCACGCUGGAAACAACACUGCUUGUUCUACUUUCGGGCAGCAGAAUACUACCUUCGAACAACAGCAGCAACACUUUCAUGCGGCACACCAGAACAUGUUGAACAACGGGCAGCAGCAGCAGCAGCAUCAUAUGCAAGGGAUGCAGCAGCAUCAGAUGGGAACAAAUUGUUCGAAUAUGCCGACAAACUGCAACCUAGUCCCGAGCAACGUGAACACCCCAAAUUCCAUGCACCCAAUAGGCAACAACGUGUGUAGUGCCUCAGCACAGCAUGGGAAGCCACCGACUGGCAUGAUGGUGCACAACAACAACAACGCAGGAGGCCCCUAUGACAAUAAUAUCAACAACAGCAGCCAAAUGAACAAUAACUCCCGAAACAGCAACAUGAACCAAAGAACGGAGGGAAAGGAUAACAGGAACAACAGUCAGGCACAACAUGACCACCGCUAUGGAUCAAAUUCGAAAUACAAUGUGCAUUCUAAGUACGCGAACAGCGGUGCAGCGUUCGAUAACAACAUAUGCAAGAAAAAAACUGUGUAAGUGUAAAUUUGUGUUGCAGAAGAUGCAACAGAGUUACACCUGUCAUGCCAGACAGCCACGAAGUCCUAUUUUCAUGUGUGUUUUCCCUUACAAACCAUGCAUGACAGGUUUUCUCUGUCAUGUAGAGCGAAUUUGUGAUGCUGUUCCUCAAAGAAAGUUACACUUACACACUUUUUUUCCUGGAUACAACAACGGCAAUAAGUACAACGACAAAUACCACAACAAUUCGAGCCACAAUAUGGCGUUCUCAACUGUUACAUUCUCAGCUGUUACAUGGAUUUGUGAUGCAAGAAUGGGAAAAGUGAAAGGGGGGAGAUUGCGCCUGUAGCAUUACAGAUUCCGCACAGAUUUAAGUGCUGUUUAGCCCUAGGCAAAUUUGUCAUGCGAAGCAGCUUGAUCGCGUGGAUGAUGAUGGUGCUUUUGCAUGACAAAUUCAUGUAACAGUUGAGAAUGUAGCGUUUGAGAACCCCAUACACAACCGCUCUAGCUCCGCCACGGGGUUGUACCAGCAUGGAGGUCCGAGCGGGCGCGACAGCGGGAAGGACAGUUCGACGUUCAGCGGCAAGAAGGGCGGAGGAAAUCGCUACAACGACAGCAGUGGAGGAGGGAAAUACGGGGGUGGUGGAGGGCAACAUCAGAGUGCUGGCAAUCACAAUCACAAUCAGAAAUACAACGACAACAAGUACGAGGGAUUGUAUGACCCUCGCAUUGGAACAGGUCCCGGGAAUACAAAUUCCAGUGGUGUUGGUGACAAUAACUACCACGCAAAUGGUUCCUCCUACAGCAACAUCAACCAGAUUAGUGGUGGCAAGGGCACAACGAACAGUAGCAGCUUCGAACACAAAGGUGCGGGCGGCAAGGAGCGUCAUUCCUCCGCGGGCGCGCGGUCCUUUCGCAGCAACAGCACGAGGCUGAGUUCGGUGUUGAACACCCAUAGCUGCAACGCGAACUUUGAUACCGGCUACGGCGGUGGGGUUUCUGGGUACAACAACGCGGGGAAGGACAGCUACUACGGAAGUGGGAAAGACCAGCAUCGUAGCAGUGGCUACUACGAAAAUCAAAGCACAGGAGCUUCGGGAAAUAGCGCGAAUAAACACAAUCACGGGUCCUCGUCGUACUGUGGCAGCCAUAAUUCCUCGGGAACUACUGCAGGUAAUAUGAGCGGCAGCGCAGCAAAUCUCAGCGAACACCAUCACGCGCCAUUUGGUAUGAAUACAACUAGCGGCCAGCACGAUCUACACGAUAAUUCUAUGCGCGAUACAAGUACUUCCAAGGGGACGAACAAUGCGAGCACCAGCGGGAUGAAGGGCCAGGGACGGGACGCGUCUUGCCACAACCCGGUUUUCACUUCUUCGGUGAAUAAGGAAGGAUCGAUCAGCAGCACGAAAACCUCGAGCUUCAACGGGAUUAUACCGCCCACCUUUGCGGAGUCCGAGGUGACGACGCACUUUAACUCCUUAGACGAGAAGGAAAACUUUUCCGCGGACGGGAGUCUCUCCGAAAAAUCCACAGCCAUGAACCUGGGUGGGACUACUACUGCCACGAGCGCUGGGCGACCAUCUGGCAAUCUUUCCUCGGUGGAUAAGGAUAACAACGCCAUCACCACCUCCACCGCUGCCGACCCCGACAUGAUGGGUGUGAAUUUCCACGGAGGGGAAAAAGAUUCCAACUCCACCAGCACUAGUGCUGAUGAUACGCAACACAAAUUUCAUCCUGACAUGCAGAUACCUACAAAACGCAUUUAUAACUUUUGUCAUGCCAAAUACACUACGAGAAGAGGCUUGUCAUGCCAGAAUGGCACCAUUUGUACGUCACGUCGUGUACAGGAAUAAAUUUACUGUGCAUAAUUCAGCAGGGAACCACGGCCGCCGGCCGCACGCCUGCCAGCACGACAAACGGGGUCACGCCGGCGAGCCACGAGAUGAACAGCGUGGGCGGAGGAGAACAUAUAAGUGGGACCACAACAAGUUCUUCUUGUGUGAAUAACACGGAUAAUGACCAGAACGUCGCAGGGUCCUCGUCGUCGAUCAGUAAUAGCACCCUGCACGACGUCGACCAGACUGGUGCACCCUUGCGCCGCUCUCGCGAGGAAAAGGGCGGUGGCAAGAUGAACGUGGGAUCAUCAAAGCGCCAGGGGUCGAAGAGCAGACAGGGAAAUAAUAAAUCCUUGAACCGGGCGGGGUUGUACAACAGCAAUUAUGGGACGUCGACCACGAAUGAAAGUAGUACUACCCAGGAGCUGCACGAGCACGAGGGUUCAUCUUACGGCAAUUAUGGUUCUUCAUCUCGUUUGUACAAUGAUAGCAACGAAAGUUCUACCUGGAGUCGUGGCAGUGGUCAACACCACCAUCCGCAUUGGACUGCUAAUGGCGAGAGUCUUCAGAAAAACAAUGCGAACAAGUACAACAGUAACACGACAACUUCCUCGUCCACCCGAGCUGCAGAUUCCUCUGGCGGCAACGGGGACGGUGGGGUCAGCAAUGCGACGCUAAUGAACAACUCUGGUGGAAGUGGUAGUGCAGCCACGAAUAGGACGAGUUCUGCAGCUGCAAAAAUGGGCCUGUAUAAUAAUUCUGGCAACCAGAUGAACAAUGUGAAUCAGCACAACAACGCGGAGAACUGGCACCCGUCGCUGCGAGCAACCCGGUGGGAAAACAAGAACAAUCUUGGUUACAGCAAGUACAGUAUCACCAAUGAAAAUAGUACCAAUUAUAAUUCUAGCUGCGGGGGCGGUGCGACCUCUUAUCAGGAGCAGCAAGCAUGCGAACAACAGCUGGCGCACGAUGGUGAUGCAACGAGCAACUCCCACGCCACACGGCAAAUCGACAUUUGCAUCGACAAGCCAGAGGACUUUCACCGAGACAUUUGCGUGACCGAUAGCCAGAUGAUGCGCGACGGCAGUGCUGGAACUACUGAAAAUCAUCUUCAACAAGCGUCAACCAAUAAUCCCAGCCCGUUGACGACCACAUCCGGAACAAGCAACCAAGACUCUCUGCAAAACACCCUGACCGCCAGCCAGCUGGACGUCGGAAUGAACCACCUCUCGACGAAGCCCAAGCAGCCCGAAUUGGAUCCGGAGGCCGUGUUCCGCGAAGCGCAGCGGUUAAAGCAGAUGAAAUCGCACCUCGGCGGGAAGAAGAAGGAAAACAAGGGCGGGAAAAAGCAGAAAAAGCAAAAAGACGUCAUGAAUAUGAACGCGCCCCCGCUGAACAGUGCCGCGACGAUGUCAUCUUCUUCCACCGGGAAUAACAAACUUACGGGAACAUCAAGUGCUGGAUCCUCGAUUUCGAAAAGUGUCUGUGUGUCGACGUCAAUCGAACAACAAGAGCAGCUAUUGAUGUACAACUCUGGCGCGGGAGCGGUUCCAGCAUCUGCAGCUUCGGGCUCAUCUUUUUCCACAGCCAGUGUUGGACAGCAGCAAUAUCAAUAUGGAAAAAAUCACUUCCAACAGGAGCCGAAAUUGUCGAUGAUCUUGCGCGAUUCCUCAAGUUCGACGGCCUCCUUUGGGGAAUUGGAGCAAGGAACCCCCGCGGCGAGUGUGUUCACACCGGCCGGCGGGUGCAGCGUCACGAGUGUAGACGUGAAUUCCAUUGCCAGCGCCUCGAACAGGUACUUACCAUAGUAAGUACUCACAUGUGAAGUUAUUUUUUUUUUCAGAUGAUUGUGAAAUCCGGAUUGAUUGAUGUUCCAAACAGAACUAGUACCUCGACCGAAUUCAUUUACUAUUUUUGUCAUGAUGAGACGUGCUGGAGCCAUCACUUAAAGCACGACGCCACGCACGGCGUACAAACAUGCACACGGAAGAAAAAGGCACACAACAUCAAACCUCAGGCACAAGAUGCCAGACCAAACGCCAGCCGCAGUGAACUACGCCCCAGCUACGACCACUUCCGCUAGCAUGAGCAUUCCUGAACAGCAGCAUCUUCAUCACCCGAGCAGCUGCACUAGCGAGUCUACUGACGCGCAGAACAUAAACAAGGCCGCUGAAGCGUUGAAAGUGGCACGGAAGUUGCUGAAGCAGGUGAACGCCAAAGCGGUGAGCACCGUAACCGGAGAGGACAUCUUGCCGAAUGUGAUCGCAAAAAAGACGAAAAAGCAGAAGCAACAACUGCUGCUGACGUCGCAGCUGUUGGAGAAAAAAACCGCUGCAAAUAACUUUGUUCCCAGCGGGGGCGUAGUAGUUGCCCCCGCGAGCUCGGCCGAGACCACAGCGGAAUCUCCAAUGAAUUUCGACGACGCAGCAGCGAGUCGGAUGAUGCUCGGUGCGAGAGGUCGUAGUCUUGAUGCUAAUGGUUAUUUGCCUCAUCAAGAAGAGCACAACAGUUCUUCCGUAAUCGGCGCCGGCGGGGCGGGGGCCGCUCCUGGGGCACACGGACCAAAAACCGCCCCGCGUGCUGGGGAUCUCCCUGCUUUCUCGAGGCUGGUGCAACAUCAAGGAGACGUUCAUGAUGCGGCAGUCACAUCACAAGGAACUGGGUCUCCUGCUCUGGGUGGUGAUUCAGCGCCGACCACGACUGCGGUUCUUUCUCCAAAAAGAUCAGCCCCCUCCACGACAUCUUCAGGAGCUCCUUCACCGGCAGGCAAACAGCGGCGGCGCCCGACAACUUCCGGCGGGUCUUCCGCAUUCGCUUGCGCGGGACGAGACACGGUUCGGCGGUGCGGAAAAAGAUGUGGCAACUUCGCCACCACCCACGGCAAAUGCAUCACACAGCAGGUGCUUGGGUCCAACGUCGGAAAAAACAUGCAGAAAGCCUACCGAAACAGCCUGCAGUGGUGCAGAAAGAUGAAAAGGUACACGACUCAGCCGAAGUUGUCUUCUAGUACUCUGGGUGAUUCCGUUACGUCCGCUAGUGGCGCAGCUACUUCUGAGCAGGCGGAUGGUGCAACAGCGAGCACAGCAACUUCAAUCAUUUCCCCGGCUGCAUCCGCGAUGACCAAUAAGGCAUCAACGUCAAGCUCCAGCUCCUCCGCAGAUCAUGGUAGUAGUGCCACAAGAACUUCCUCGCCCGCCUCCACUGUAAGAACGACAUCCGCGGACAAGACGAAUAAGUACAGCUACGUGAACAUCAAGGACUGCUGCCUUGAAUAUCCGGCGCUCACUUUUCGCUUCCUCGUCGCCAAGAAGCGGCAAGUCUGCCACUUCGUGAUGGAAAAAGUGCAAACCAUGCUGCGAAACCUGAAGCGCUUUUACGUGUUUGCCAACAGCAAGGACAGUCUGCCCAGGACCUUCGAAUUUCUGGUGACGCAGUUGGUGCACGGCAUUUUGCUGUCGAAGAAGGGGUACCGGAAAGUUGUGUACGUACGGAAAGUACUCGAGCAAGGAGUAUCGGAAGGAUCAGGAGCGGAGUUUCAGCACAGCAUUUCGGGUCAGGACCACGACGAGAGCAGUAGUAACUACAACUCCGGACGAGCAUUUUCACAAGGAGACAACUCUUCUGCGAAUUCCGGUUAUAACCAUUCACAAUAUCAAGCCGAGGACCACGGAGGCGAAGUUACUACAUUACAGCAGAACAGCAGCAGCAGCAGUCACAGUAAUCAACAUUCUAAGCCAGUGAAGAACUCUUCGGUCCGGGUAUCCUUGAACAAGAAAACGCACAUCAAUUUGAAGAGCAAACAGCAGAAACCGAGCUUCUGGCAGCGGAUCCACCUGCCGCCGCUCGUAUUGCAAGGAAAAAUCCCCCGUCCCCAUAUUGAAAAGGACAUUACUUGUGAUGCUGGAUUUGCGUACACAAAUCCACUUGUAUUGCUAGAAGGCCAAGAGACGCAGAUGCGGCCUAAAUUGUAGGCGAUAUGUCAUGCUUUUUCCCACUUACAGUGGCCUCCUGUGAUGCUGAAGAUGCAAAGUUUUCCCACGCCAGCAAGCAGUACAGUCCGCAUCUUUUGCCUUCUAGCAUGACAACAUGAUUUGUGGUAGCAAAUCAUGCUACACAAAUCUCCGUUUCGGUAUGGGGAGGGGGGAUUUUUCAUUUUAAUAGCUCGAUUUGGAAAACGAGUUUGAGUGCAGGUUCACGGCGGACUAUCUGUCUCGGCAAGUGCUAUCAAAUGUAAAAAUGUCUGGGUCUGGAAGAAUGCAACUUGUGAUGCUGCGUUUGGAUUCCAAAAAAAUCUGUAUUGCAUGAGUACCAAAGGGAAUGCAAUUUUCGCUACGCUGAGAAGGCAUUUUCCAUGCGGAAUAGGCAUCAAGAAGCCCUCAAAAAAUCUGUAUUGCUAGGGUAUGGAUCACAGACAUCAUGGCUCAUGCAAAACGUGCAUGACAAGUAUCAGAAUCUUCCAGACCCAGACAUUUUUACAGUUGAUAAGUGCAUUGGAAGUACUAUGUGGAAGCACUCUUCUCCGCCACUAUGGAUACAUCGUACGGCAACAUCAUCCCAGAUUCCGCGGCGCUCUCCAACGCGGCGAAAGUUUUGGGCGAAGUAGGGGAAGAUGAUUGUGACCACGUCGAGGACAAAAAUCCCCGGGCGCGUGGUCGCGGCGCAGCUACAGAAGAGAUGAACACCAACUACCAGGGAACAACAUCUUCAAGUGAUGGCUCCUUUUCAUCAUCUUCUACUUCUGAGCACUCCUCGUCCAGUUCUACUUCCGCAGGAGCAGACCAACAGCACGCGUCGUCCAACGGGGCCGAACAAGACGCAGAGCACGCGGGUUGUUCUAGUGGGGGAACAAGCGUAAGCAGCUCUAGUAGUACAACUACGUCGUCCUCGACGAAGAUUAUCAACAAGUACCGGCCCGCGAACCGCAACAGUAAGAAGGAACAUCACGCUGCUGCAUCAUCAUCUGCCAGCAGAGGACAGUUGUCAACAACAACAGCUUAUGAAUUGCAAAAAUGUCUGGGUCUGGAACAUUGCAACUUGUGAUACUGCAUUUGGAUUCCAAAAAAAAUCUGUAUUGCAUGAGCAGCAAAGGGAGUCGAUUUUUGCUACGUGGAGAAGGGAUUUGUCAUGCUGAGUAGGCAUCAAGUUCAAGAUGCCAUCAAAAAAUCUGUGAUGCUAGGGCAUGCAUCACAGACAUCAUGGCUUAUGCAAACGCGAACAGAUAGGCAUGAAUUUAGCAUCUCCGGCUGGUAGAGCAAUCGGCUACCGAGGUACGUCAGGGGGCGUAGCUACAUCAAUCAAUCAAUCAAUGCAAAAUGUGCAUGACAGGCUCCGAGUCUUCCAGACCCAGACAUUUUUGCGCGUGAUACAGCUGGCACCAGUACUGCAACUUCUUCUAGCUCCUCCUUCUCCUCGCCCUUUGGGAGCAGCACAGCUACUGGAUACAAUAGUAGCAACGCACGACAGAGCACCAGGUUUGCGGCUCUGCAGGCUCGCCGGGCGGGGUUAACUGGCAGUGCAGCGCAGAAGUGGGGGACAGCUGGUGGACACGCGCGUGGUUCCUACCAAAAUCAUUUUCACCAGCUCUUGCUCAACCUUUUUGAGUACCUGUCCGCGCCCGGGCGGGCUUUCUUCCACGUGGCGGUUGUCUGCGUGUUCGUGUGGAUGUUUCUUCCGUGGUCGUCCUGGCGCGCGGCACGACAGCACGAGCAGCGGAGCCGACUGCUGAACGACGGGGGCGCGAAGUUAGACCAUUUGUUCUACACAGGAAUGUCGAACAAGAACGCCAAUCUGCACAACAUUAGAUCCGCGCAACAGUUGUACCAGUCCGGCGCAGUGUUCUCCACCGCAGGUAGUGGAGCUGUUCAUGACGCAUUUGUAGUAGGGCAGGAGCAUCAUCAGCCCGGGGAGCAAGCACCCACAGGCUUCUUUUCCUCGAUUUCACCCUUCCGGUUCCUUUUCGGCGCCUCCAGCAACGAGAGAGCAGUAUUACAGUGAAAAAGGUUCCCAACCCCAAAGUUGCAACAAUUUGUGAUGCGAAGUUUCCAAAUGAAAAGCUUUUGUCAUGCAUGAAAGAAAUAUGAAUCUUUGUGAUGCAGAGUCUAGGCGUAUAUAGCAUUGCUUACAUCACAAGCGCCGCUCCUGCUGGGAUCUUUUGCAAUACAAAUUUUCGCUAUUCACGAUUUGAAAUCUGUGAUGCUGCUAGAUGCAAGGGGACGAAUGUUUCUGUUGGAAAGGUUUGCAAUACAAAUGCCCCCGCCAAGUUCGGGGGUGGGGGCGUUUUUCAUUGUGAUAAGCAGCGCAAAGAGUUCCGGAUUGGUGGGCGGAGAACGCCGAGGCGACGACCGUGAAAAAAGUGAACAGUGGAAAUGCAAAGGGAGGAAGAAAUACGAGUUGCAAAAAUAAAUAUCGAUCUGAGUCUGGACGAAAGUUGUCAUGCUGAUAUCGGAUGCGGACAAUUACAUCAAGGAAGGACACUUCUUCAAUACGGGGCCACAGGAGACGAGGACAAGUUUGCUAUAAAAUAUGGCGAUCUGUAGUUGCCCACUCUGAAAGAAUAAAAGAAGUCGUUUUAUAUAUGAAUCUCAUUCGAGGACCAGGAGGACAACUACUGUUCGCUGCGGACGAUGAACUUGCAUACCAAGCAUUAAAGUACAACCAUCUACUUUUUCAUCCGACCUCCCAGAUCGAGAAUUUGUAAUGUCGAUAAGAAGCGACACCGUGCACGCCAGCAGCUGGAUUUCGGACGCCGCAUACCGGCUUGCUAUCACGCAAGACUGUAUCGAAGGAAAAAACUGUUUCACUGUAAACUUGUGAUGCAGAAAGUGCAUUGCAGAAGUGUUUGUCUUGCUACACAUGCAAGACAUAUGGAAUUUCAAACGUGUUUUGAUCUUGCCUUAGGAACCUCGCAUGGCAAAUUUUCUUUAGUCAUUUAGAACAAACUUGUGAUGCAAAACUUGCACGCAAAGUCCUUACUUUACAAUGAAACACUUUUUCGUAUGAUAGGCUGGCAACACCACUGGACGGUCCUGGACAGCCCAAAUAAGGGCAUCAACGCCAACGGGGCUUCUACUACCGCGGGGAUGUAUGGAAGGCCCAUUGGUCCAGAGCAGUUCCCAUCAGAACGGUAUAAAAAGUCUUUAGUACGCGACAAUAAAGUGGAAGAAGUUCUAGCACUUACGUAGUUCAUCUUGCAUCAAACAAAAUCAAAGUAUUAACUUCUUCAGGAGAAUGAAUGUAGUUCCCGCUGAUGUCAACACCAUGCUGCACGUGAUAGGGAAUAAUUACCCUGUGAAUUAUAACAUCAAAGGAGCUACUGACUCACAAAGAAAGAUGAAAAACGCAGAAUGGUCAACACAGGAUCCACAACCAGCAGUAUUGGGCGCAGCACCGUGCUGCCUCCGGUAGUUCUGCGGGCAUGCACACGUUUGUGGAGCCGUCCCUGUCGAGCGACUGGUACGAGGAACAGCUGAAGGCGAACCGACAGGGCACGAAGAUGACCAAGCAGGCGCAGGUGGAGGACCGCAAGUUGCAGCGGCGGGAGGCCUAUGAACUGCCAAAGUAUCGUACUCGUAGUAAUCGCAGCCAUGCAUUACAAAUCUCCUUCUGAAGCUCAAUCCGCAUGACAAAUUCCAUUUUUCAUGCUGGGAGAAUUUGUCAUGCGAUUUCUACUAGUACGAUGCUUUUGCAUUUCAUAAGGCCAUGCAUCGGGAGAAGCGGAUGCAGAGUCUGAAGCGGCUGCUAUGAAUGGCAAAUAUGUGGUCUGGGUCUGGAAACUUGUAAUGCAACUCAGCGAAUACCAAGCACUCUGUAAUGCACCGCCAAGCAUGACAGGUUUUUUCGUCGCGCUGUGUUGCGUAUUCCGCAUGAGAAGCUGCGGUAUUGCACGACAGGCAGAGAGAGCUGUUUGUGGCCACGCAACACAGAGUCCAGAGUCAUGCCAGAAAAGCAUGACAAAGGCAAAGCUCGCAAUCUUCCAGACCGAGACACAUUUGCGUUUGAUAGCUGCUCUCGGAAGACAACAAGGACAACGCGGAUAUUGACCUGAUCGGCAUCCAAUUGUACGAGCAAGAGAUGCAGAACGCCAAGGACGCAUACGAUGUGUUCACUUCGGGCUAUGGGAGUCUCAAACGUUACAUUCACAACCGUUCCAUGAAUUAGAAUUUGUAAAGAUGCAAGAAUGGCAAAAGUGAAAGACGGAAGAGUUCUUGUAUGUUCGUGCCUUUGGCACGUACAGGUUCUUUGGCGCAGAUUGUUCCGAUGCUAUCUAGCUCGCUAAGAACUUCUUGUUCUUUGCACGCGAAGCAGCUUGGUCAUCCAGAUACUGAGGAGAAUUCUGCAGGCCAAAAUAAAAUCCAUGCAACAGUGGAGAGUGUAACGCUUGAGAACCCCAUAAGGGCAGUGGGCCGCGGAUGGCUAUCCUGCGCAGCAGCAGUGGCGGUGGGCCUUCAUCUCAACAAACGGGGAGUGCUGCUGGGGAACAUCAACAGCAACAGCACGGGGGCGGUCAACAUGCGCGCACGACGAGCUCCUCCGUGGGCGGCGGUUCCCGGCGCGACCACAUGUACCACGUCGCCAUGGGCCACCACCUAUCAAAUGCAAAAAUGUCUGGGUCUGGAAGAAUGCAAGAUUUGUCAUGCAUAUUUCUCAUGACCCAUGAUACCUGUAAUGCUUGAACUAGCAUCGAAGAUUUUUAGAGGGCUUCCUGAUGCACCUUCCGCAUGAGAAAUGGCCUGUCUGUGUAGCAAAAACUGCACCCAUUUUGCUGGUCAUGCAAUACAAUUUUUUUUAGAGUCCAAAAACAGCAUGACAAGUUGCAAUCUUCCAGACCCAGACAUUUUUACAUUUGACACCACCCAAGUAUGACCCUGCACGUGAAGGACAAGGCCUACCUGCGCCUGCUGCAGGACUACGAGAAGAGCGGGCGCGCGGUAUUACAAUGCAAAAUUCCCCCUCCCCAUAUAAAAAGAGAAACCUGUGAAGAUGCAGAUUCGUGGUAACAAAUCAGUUUUGUGAUGUUAAAAGGCAAAAGAUGUGGACUGUAGUGCUGGCUAGCAUGGGAAGGCCUUGCAUCUCCAGCAUGACAGGAGGCGACUGGAAGUGGGGAACAGCAUGAAAAAUUGCAUGCAAUUCAGGCCACAGCUGCGUGUCUUGGCCUUCUAGCAAUACAAGUCGAUUUGUGUACUCGAAUGCAGCAUCACAAGUUUCGUUUCCGAUAUGGGGAGGUGGCCUUUUUCCUUUUGAUACGCGGAGGCCGAGGCGGCCGUAGAGGAACACAACCAGCAUUUCGCCGCCGCGCAGAUGGGCAUGUCGGUUGAGGAGUACAAACAGCGGCUGGAGCAGAUGCGCCGCGGGGACGAGGCUGGGUACGCGCCAGAGUUCGUGCAGCAAUUUCAUUCCGUGGCGGACCGGAUCCUGGCGACCAGCAACGUGGGGGACCCGCAGUUCCGGUAUCAAAAGGAAAAAUCCCCCCUCCCCAUAUCAAAACGGAAAUCUGUGUUGCGGGAUUUGUCUACACAAAUCGCAUCUGUCUUGCAGUAGAGGACUGUACGCAGCUCGCAAGCUUAGGCAGGGGCCUUUUGGUCGUGUAGGCGUCUAGCAUGGCAGACGUCUGCCGUGUAGGCUUUACAGCAUGACAAACCGCCCGCAGAACGCGGCGGGCUCUCUGAGUUUGCCUUCCGGCAAGACAGGCAGGGUUUUUGGUCACAAAUCUGCAUCACAAAUUUUCACCAGAAUACGUUUUCAAUAUGGGGAGGGGGGACUUUUCCUUGCAAUAUCCGGCACUUUCUCACCAUUCAGCUGGCGCAGCUCACCCAGCGCGGCCUGCUUUCCCCGACGGACGUGCUGGCCAUGAUACGGAAAAUUGUCAGCGACGACAUGGUCAACGAGGAAAUUCACAACUACAUCCACAUGACGCUGGUAUGUUAAACUCAAUUUUGGAUGAAAAGAACUCAAUGGUAGCAAUUGGCUGGUAUGUAAUAUGUUCAAACUCAAUGUUAGCAACUUUUAGCUGGGUGGAAAAUUAUGUAGAACUAGAGCUUGUCCUCGACCUCGUAAGACCCACGACGAAUAACGAUCACUAUGUGAGUGCAUGGAUACUAGGAGGACAUCCACAUCUUCAUCUCACAACUGAGCCACUUUACUCCGAUCGGUUUCGGCAGAUCUGCUUCUUUUUUUCCUGCUUUUCGUUCCAAAUUUUAGAAAAGGAUCUUGUACUUGCGGUGUAUGUAAUUUGUCCUUUUGUUUCUACAAUGGAUCACUUUUAGUUCUUGUUUUGUUCCCCCUCGGCCUUGCUGCAGUUGUAUGGAUCUUGCUUGUCCACUUUCAUGGGCAAUCAGUUUUUUUUUUCGAGUACUAGUUAUCUUCCCCAUCAAAGUACUAGAUCAUGAAGCACAAACACCAAAUCAAUUCCAAGGAUUCCAACGAAGUGUCGCAGUACGGUCGCUUGCAAUACGAGCGCACCUACCAGCGGCUGCAGAACAGCCACUCGGAAGAGAAAAUGCAGCAGGCUUACCUACUAUGAGCAAAAAACCCCGCCCCACCUCGUCCCCUCAAUACAUACUCAGUAAAUGUAUUUUGACUCACGGUUGUGGUGAGUUGCUCUUGUUCUCUGUAGAGCUGUGCAGGCAUGGCGUUUCUUAUUCGUUGUAUACUUGGGAGGUUAUUACCCACGACGUGAGUCUUGCAUGAAGAGGACAGAGUGCUAUUGCUUUGUGUAGUUCGUUGUACUGAAAUCGCGCCAGAGAAGACUGGUAUUUUUAGAUUCUCUUGCUCUAUUGUCUAAUAGAAAUGAGGGGUACGUAGGGACUUUCUUCGAUUUGAUAUUGCGAGGCCUUCUUGCGGGACCAGCAUGCAAAGGAAGUAUCGCAAGAAAAUACUGUAGUUUCGCUGUGAGCUUGUGAUGCAGAAAAUGGAACACAGAACUACUUGUCUUGCUACACCUGCAAGACAUCGGAUUUUGAAGCGUGUUUUCCUUUGGGAAGCGCGCAUGACAGAUUUUCAGUGUCAUGCGUAACAAACUUGUGAUGCAUAUCUUGCAAGAUCAUCACAGUGAAACAGUUUUUUCGUGGGAUAGGAAGUGUACCGCAGCCAAUAUUUUCGGCAGUUGCACGCCAUGGGACUGUAUCAAAUGUAAAAAUGUCUGGGUCUGGAAGGGUUGGAACUUGUAAUGCUAGCUCUCCAUACCUAGAAAAUCUGUAUUGCGUUACCAACAAAAGUCGCGACCUCUUUUGUACAUGCGAAAACGCAAUUUCUCAUGCGGAUUGCCUAUGAGAGAGCGUUCUGGAAAGUUGUCAUGCUGGGUUGCAUUCGGAACUCUUUCCAUCAUCCACAUUCUAGCAUCACAAGUUUCCAGACCCAGACGCAGACACUUUUGCAUUUGAUAGACUGAUGGGGACGGCACGCCAGCUCGAUCAGCAAACCGUUAUCCAUUGCAAGAGUUUGUCGUAUUUCGUACACUAAAAAUUAUCGCAGUCAAGAACAUCAUGCGACGUGAGAGAUCUUCUUUCCUACCUGAUGUCUAGCAUGACGAAUUGCUUUUUGGAUCUUUCGAAAAUUUGUUUUGAAAAUAGAAGCAACGCGAUGGAUAUUACUUUUGCAGUGCAUAACCGUGUUGCGGCAGCAACAGCGGGAGCUGCGCAUUCAUAUGCACCACGCGGUGGCGGCACAGCACGCGGCCAAGAGGGCAGCAGAAAUCCGCGCAGCAGAACAGAGAGCAUUCUAUUACGAGAGAAACAAGCAGACGCGAGGCAGCAGGGGGCGGCGAGCAGAAGAUAUUGACGAAGACGACGACGACGAUGUGUAGAUAGAAAAAUAGUAGAAGUUGUUCGAGGAGAUGUUAACGGUGGUUUUUUCUUGUGAAUACAGAAGGAGAUUUAGUAGCGAAGCAGAAGUUUGAAAGAAGAGAAGUCGAGUGUCAAUAAAGAAGAAUUGUUCGGAACAAGAAUCUACCAGAGAAUAAAGCAUGAAUUUCGAGAAUACAGUGAAGCACCAGAACGGCAACCCAGUGAUCAAGAAUAUCUACGCAGCAUGACCGCAAAACAAGUACUGCUAGCUUAGGCGCACACGUUUCUGCAUCAAAGUCAAGAAAGUGAAUGACUUUCGACAUGCAUUUGUGUGACCCGGGGCCGGAAAUGAACAUUUUAUGAAUUUUUUGUCAUGCCGAUGCUGUGCUGCUAUUCCGAUGUGUGCGUCUACCGGUACGAUGUUUGUAGUUUUUGCACGGGACAAAAGAGCAGUGACGAGUAUCCAACACGAGGACGCAAGGACCAGACCAGCAGCUCUACCGUUUAUUAUCGCAUCUCGGUACCAGCACAACGUAAGACUAAGAUUUUUCUGAUAUAUGCACUGCUACAUCUUCGCCCCCCCCCCAGAUAUAAUAAAUAAUAUUUGAGUCGUUUGACGCUGUGAUCUUUAUCACCCCGAACCACUUUUGACUUCUGCGGCUUUUUUCAAGAGCUCGGCGAUCUUGCCCUCGGAUCCUGAGUCUUUUAGGAAAGCGUGCAAAGCAAAAACGCGACCGAUCCAUGAUAAUUUUUGAAGAAUUUGAAUUUGUUUGAAGAUCAACUUUGGUGGCAUUUUCUUGGCUAUGUUUUUUUUGCUGUGACAGAGAUCUCAAGCAGAGGCAAAGCUUGAUUGUGUGUGUGGGUUUUUUUUCUUUUAAGAUGAAAGAGACUUGAGUGAGUAGGAGUACGUUGAAUUGCAAUGGUGUCUGGCGAUAAUGAUGGAACCUUGAAUGGUUGAAAUGAUGCAUUUCCAUGUAAAAAUAAAACAUACUACAGCUGAACAAGCAGUACAGCCAGCCUGCCGGGUAUCACAAGAAUGAAACUGUUUCACUGUACUAAACUCGUCAUGCGGAUGGAGAUCACGAUGCAGCGCAGAUUUGUUUGUCUUGCUACACAUACAAGGCAAUGCGUUUAUUUAUUUGGCUGUGCUUUCAUCCACUUCUAGUGAAUAGUACGCAUGGCAAAAAAAUUCUUCGUCAUGUAGAGCAAAUUUGCGAUGCAAAGCAUGCAAAAUCUCAUCAGAGCACAUGAAGCAGCGUUUCCGUGCGAUACCAUGUUACCGCCCGGCAUUUCGCUCGACGACAGCAAGCGAGUGCGUGGUGAUUUUAUAGUGGAACCCAUGCUAUACGGCUACAGGCACGAGGGGCGACAAGUGUGGCAGCCCCGUUUCCGCCUUUCCUACUUUUACGAGCCCGCAGAAAUUGACAGGAAAUUCCGACGAAGUAAGAUAGUUUCUGACAGCGAGGAGGGAGAAGAUAUUGACGAGGAGCUGUUACCAGAUCAUGAUGAAGAACAACAGGAAGUCUAUGAAAGCGAUCACGACGAUAGCACGACGAGCACCACGACCGGAAGUAUUAAGCUGCGAGAGGUGAACCAGAACGAAAAUGUUGUAAGAGACACAACAACAACAAAAACAUCUUUCGACGAAUUGAAGCAACUGUUGCAGCAGGAGUACUUUGAAAAUUCUAGCCCUGGCACUGAUACGCCAGACCUGAGCCGUGCCAACACCAUGGAGGUUUUGGAAAAGCUCCGCGAACAGGCCGAGGAAGAAGCCGGAUUGCUUUCAUCUGAAGAUGAAGAAGUGCAAGAAAAUGAUGUCAAAGUUGUACUAGAUGCGCAUCAUGAUGAGAAGUCUUCUUCAGAAGCUCCUGCUGCCCCAUUAAAUAUUACAAGAACUACCCCGAAAACAAGAACAUCAAGCACUGCUGCAACGACCAGCGCUGAUGCAGAAAAGAAAAAACACGACGAAUACGUCCACGCCUUCGAUGUUGCUGCUCAAGAAGGAGAUGCAACCUCGUCCUCCUCUCCAGUGGAGGACCACGACGACGAAGAGAGUGUAAGAAGAAGAACAAGCGAAGUAGAUUUCUUCUAUCUUGACCGAUUCGGGCCGAAAAACUUCGUGUAUCCCAGCCUAGAGGAGCUCGGGCUGAUGAGCGAGGACGACAUCGCCCGGGAGAUGGUAUCGCAAGAAAAAACUGUUUCACUGUGAACUUGUGAUGCAUAGAAUAGAACACAGAACUAGUUGUCUUGCUACACCUGCAAGGCAUAGGAUUUUUCAGCGUGUUUUCCCUUGGAAAGCGCGCAUGGCAAAUCUUCUGUGUCAUGUGUAACAAACUUGUGAUGCAGAUCUUGCAAAAUCAUCACAGUGAAACAGUUUUUUCGUGGGAUAGAUGGCACUGACCGCCCAAUACGACUCUUGGAACAACCUCACGCUGCCGGCGGACAAGGCCACUCGGGUCACCGGGUACGCGAAUGGGAUUUCGGAGGAGUACAAGCGGCACGUGUAUCCUGUGCAAAAGUAUCGUAUUCGUAUUGCAAGGAUGCAUAUACAAAUCUUUUUCUUAAGGUAAAUCAGCAUUACAAAUCUCAUGCGGAGGAAAUUUGUGAUGCGUUUCUACGAGUGCGAAUGCGAUACUUUUGCAAUUCAUAACGUGGAAAUCUUGUGGCGCGAGGGCAGCCUGCCCAAGCUCCGCAUGCUGACUAUGGGGUUCUCAAACGUUACAUUCUCAACUGUUACACGAUUUGUCAUGCAAAAUAACCAUGACCCGCCAGACGAUCGAGCUGCUUCGCAUGACAAAUUCCCGGAUGGCUAAAUAGCACUGUAAUCCGCACCAAACCUGUAAUGCAAGACGCGCAAGGUUCUCUCUCUCGCCUGUGCUAGUCUUGCAUUACAAAUUCAUGUAAGUUGGAUCUUGGCUUGCUCGCCACACUACUAUGGUGGGUGAGUUUUCUGGGUUGCUGUCGCUUCGUGACUUUAUCUGUUGUCUCGUCCUCAUUAAUUAGUUUCCGCUCCGACAUGCAUGACAAACUACUUCAUUUUGCAUGCGUUCGCUCUGUUUUUUAGUUCCCAUACAGUCUCCGGGUAGUGCCGUGAUUGCGACCUUCCUCCUACAACUGGAUUCGACAUGUGGCUGCUGAACGAAUUUCCUCCGCGUGGUGCCGCUCAAUCGAGAUGGAUACGACACCGAUGAUACGAUAUUGGGCCUGAACGUUCUCGAGCACCAGAGUGCCAAUCUUCAGUACUCCGCCGGCGGCGAUCAGAUCACCAGGCAGUAGAUUUCAGCCGCAUUGUCCGAGCCUGGGGCUCAACCGACCCGCCCCCCACACACAGACCGGCUUCCUUCACUUGGCGUGUGUAAGGACUGAAAGUUUUAAAUUUAUACUUUGAGCACUAGAGCAUCCUGACAUGAUGAGUUUCCUUGUACUCGAUUCGCUUCUCGAGCUACGAGGGACUCGAGGUAGGACUUCGUUAAUCGGUUUCGUUCGAUUUUGUAUUUUGUUCGCUCUUCGACAGUCCGCCCCGCGAGAUCGAGUUGCUCGCUUCUGUCCUGAGAUCUUCUCGCCCGACAUCGCUUUCGCUUUCGAUCUCGAGUGAGGAUCGAUUUUCGCUUCGCAAAUUGGCCCUCCGUUGAGGUGUACCUCCGGAAUGAGAGUCGCUUUUUUGUUUUAGUAAGGAAUGCGUCCACAUCAGACGCAGUUCCUGCCUUGCUCGUGCGCAUACGUACGUAGAUCUCUUGACAUCCGUCUCGAGGUUUAGGGUCGGAGCGCUCUCAGCACUGCUGAAGCUUUAGAACCAGAUGGGAGUGCACGCCCGGACGGAUCAGAGCACAAGGCUUUUUGAUAGCGCUUUUUUCCAAAUGGCUUCAUAAUUCGCUUACUCUGCUGCCCCCCUUUUUUCCUUUCCCCCGGGCCCAACUGGCGCCAAGCAGUUUUUCUCUUUGCGUGUCCCCAUCCGGACACAUCGGUCUAGGUUUAGGUUUAGAUAUAGGACCAUCAUAUGUCGUCCGCCGCAGCCGCUGUCCCGACCACCCACAGCUCCAGCGACGAACAUCUUCUUCCCGCCUACCGCCCCGGAACGCAGUGGCGAUGGGUUUCAGGGUUUUUAGGGAUUUAGGGUUCUAGUCAAAAUUUAUACUUUGACUCUGGAAAUAGAAAAAACUAAAUUUAGAAUUUGACUUGUCUGAUGUUAACCUCUCAUCUACUGCGGUUUUUAUACUUCGGCUUUAUGGUGCUUAGCACCUGGGUCCUUGGCCGACCCCCCAGAUGGCUAUUUACUCUCGCUGCAGGCUCGCUCCCCUGCUCGCGUUCUUUGUGUGGACUAUCUUGCCGUUUGUGUUUGUAUCGUAACCUAUGUGCCCACUGCGUCGUGCUAUACUAGAUGUCUAUUAUUUACAUGAAAAACGAUAUGAGUAACUCCAUCUGCGCAUGUAUUUCUGUUUAUUAUUUUUUUAGUUCUCUAUGCCGGCUCGCGCCCCGGCUACGAUUCUGUCUUGAUCUGUCUCAUCCGGCCCGCUUCCCGGUAUCUGUCUCUGUUUUUUUAUCUCCUUGUGGUUCCACACCCACCGCAUUUAUGGCCCCUGCGACUGCCGACGUAGACUUAUUUUGGGUUCGCGUCCCCAUCUUUGUCCUCCCCUCAGCCGUAUCCAUGCGUUUGGCGCGUGGUUACACAGGCCGGGAUCGAGGCUUAUGCAUGCUUAUUUUCUUGCUUGUAUGUGGCGACUUGCAUCUUGGUCGGCGUCGCAUCGUCUUACCUAUUUGUCCGCCGCGUCUUACCUACUUCAUGAUGAGCCUUAGAGGUGACAUUUCUUGCUGCUAGUGCAUUACUCGCUGGUGACUCGUUGCCAUGUGGAUUUUGACGCGUGCAUAGUUGCAACUUUACAUCCUCGCCGUCGCCUGAAAUAUACCAAUUACAUAUUUACUUGUUUCGGAGGCCCGCUUCCCUCCUAGCUCUAGUUUCUUCAGCCGAUCCGAAGGUAGUUUCUUUGUGUGUGCGCUCUGGUUUUUCGAUAUCGAGCACUGUUUCGCAUGCAAAAUCGGAAAACCGCCUCUGAUCCGUGUGGUCUGGGGACACGUUGUAUGAUUUCGAGAACACGCACCUACUAGCCCGAGGGGGUGCGGGAGCCUGAAAAAAAAAGAACGUUAUGCCGGCUCGCGCCCCGGCUUUGAUCUUUACUUCUCUUCUGCUCUCCGGCCCGCUUCCCGGUAACCAUGUCCAUUAUCUUAGGCUCCACAGCUCUUGCUCUAUGGCUCCCGCGUUUAUACCGACCUAGAAUUAUUUUGGGUUCGCGCUCCCACCUUUGUCUUCCCCUUUGUCGUCUAGCACGUUGUGCGUGUUAGUAUGGUGGCCGGGAUCGAAGCUUAUCCCUAUUUUUAUAUUUGUAUGCGGCGACUCUUCCGGUCGGUAGCGCGUAGUCUUUUUAUUUCGCUGCGGUUUACUCCAUGAUGAGCUUUGACGCACUUCUUUUUGGCUGCUCGUUCAUUACCCGCUGGCAGACACCUAUUCUGUCAUGCGAGUUUUGAUUUGCGCGCCUUCAUUCAUACCUUCACUGUGUCGCCUGAUCAAAAAGAACAGAUAGUUAUUUAUUUGUUUCGGAGGCCCGCAUCCCUCCUAUCUCUAGUUUCUUCAGCCGAUCCGAAGGUAGUUUGUAUGUGUGCCCUGGCUUUCCGAUAUGGAGCUCUGUUUUGCAUGCAGAAUCGGAAAGUCGCCUCUUGCACGGAGUUGCAUGGGGACACGUUAUAUGUUUUUGGGACCACGUACCUACUAGCCCGAGGGGGUGCGGGAGCCUGAAAAAAAAAAGUUAGACGUGCUCUGUUGGCGACAAGUAUGGACCGUUGGCGAACGUUAAGCGCAUGUUGGCGAUAAGUUGGACUGUUUGCGAAAGUAAGGAUAAGGAGGUGGCGUAAGUAGGAUUAUAUAUGUGCCCGAGGAUGAUGGUGAUGGCUUCGGUCCGCCUGACUCCACGACCUGGUGGCCGAACCAUCUGCGGUGAGGUGCCCUUACAGGUUGUGUAGUGGUUUCGGUCGGUUUAGCAUUACAAAUUCAUGUAACAGUUGAGACUGUAACGUUUGAGAACGCCAUACUGACCCGGGACGGGCAGGACCCGGAAAACCCGCAGCGGUUCCUGAAGAAGGUGGUAUGCGAAGAAAAAAGUGUUACAGUUACACAUUGUGUUGCGAAACAAGCAAGGCAGGCAACCUUUGCCAUGCAGGAAAUGCUUGGCAGCCUCAUUUCAUUCGUGUUUUCCCUUAUAGUCUGCGCAUCACAGGUUUGCUUUGGCAUGUCGAGCAACUUUGUGAUGCAGCAACUCCAACAAAUGUGUAACUGUAACACUUUUUUCGUGGGAUAGGUGGUCAACGAGGCCGACUACCUGAGCCUCCUGCUGCGAUACGAGCAACACUUCUCCGACCACGUUCCCGCCCCCAACCACAGCCCGGAGUUUUUUGACGAGUACGCAAAUCCGGACCAGGUGCGCGCCUUCUAUCUGCACAUGCAGGAGCGCAUCAUCCGAAAGAUCAACUUCGACCUCCGGACGGAUAACCACGAGGACCUGCCUCUCAUCAAGAAAGGCGCUUUACAGAACCGCCACAAGAGGAGCUUUAAAGCGUUCAGCUCCGGGGCUGUUGUAAACACUCCCGAUGAUUUUGAGUUCGACUAUUACGACGACGUCGAAGUAGGUGGAUUCACCAGUGAAGAUAGAAGUGCAACAACUUCGGAGGAGGUGCAGCUCCCCCCGCCGCUAGAAGAAGAUGCUGGGUCGCAGCGGCAGCACGACACGCGAGGACGGAACGAGUUCUACUCGCUAGAAGGUACAACUAGCUCCCCACCACGACCACGUCCGUUGCAAGCAGGAGAUAAGGAAGAGAAGCAAAAAGUCCGGCAACAUCGCCAGCCCAAUAACCACGCGGUAUUGAUCGGAUCUCUAGACGAUCGCGAUAUUGACUCAGAGGCUUCCACCUCCGUGCUCGGCUACUUGUACGGCGAACUGAAGCGGGUGGUGAGGUCAGGACUUGGUUUGGCGGAGGACGAAAUAUUAAACACCACUGUAAACUACAAAGUCGCUUCGUCAUCUGAACAGGACGAGAAGACAAAUAAACCAAGAACUAGUACAAGCGGAAUGUUGAAGGAUCAUGCCGCCGUACUGCAAGACAACAAUGAAGACGAGGACGUCUACCACGGCGAGCACCUGGAACAAACGACCACAGUGCAACAUCCCUUCUGGGACGGAGACGAUAUCGAGGACGCGGACCUCCCUGCGAUCAUACCCGCGCGGGGGCAAUUUUGCCACAAAGACGAAGAGCCACGGUCGCGAGGAGUAGAUCUACAACUUGAUGGUGAUCGUGCAGGAGACGAUGCGGAUGCUAAUUUCAUCCCUGUGGACGAGGAUGUUGUAUCCAGUACUGCCAGUGGAGGAGCUGCUUCAUCUGCAAAAAGUAGUAGAGCGACCUCGUCCUGGACGGUGAAUGAUAGCAGUAGUGGUAGUAGUUCUGCUCCGGCGGAUGAAGCGGAACACGAACCUAUUCUGAGUAAAAACAUCCCCACCUCCCCAGAGUUGUCAUGCAAUUCUGCAUGCCAAGAAAGUUUCUCAUGCGGAGCUCUAUGAGAAGCAUUUUCUGUUCGUGUUUUGGAAUUUGUGAUAAAUAUAAAUCAGCAUUAUAUGCUAGAUCUGUGAUGCUGCUGACCUACCUAAAACAGGACUACACUACGAGGACAAACUUAUCAUGCAAAGCAACCAAAGCUGGUUGAUUUGUCUAGCAGAUUUCCCAUCUUGACUCUGGUGUGGGGACGUUUUUAAUCAGGAUAGAGCCUACGACUUCGGCUGGGACAUCUUCAACCCCGAGCGAGGACGAGAUGGAUAACCUGGUCCACCAACACGACUUACAGGAGAUGCUGUAUGCAAGAAAAAAAGUGUGUAAGUGUAUAGUCUGUCAUUCAGAAAAUGCAAAACAGUUACACUUGUCAUGCUAAAAAUGCGUCACAGGCUAGAAGCUUCAUUCGCGUUCUUUCACGUACUGCCUACGCAUGACAACUGUUGUGUUAGACAGAUUUCCUGUGGUCAUGCUGUUCUUUCUCCAAAUUAUAAAGAGUUCUUACACUAAAGCACAGUUUUAUCCUGCAUAUGCUGGCCUUUCCGUUCAAUGCCUUCGCCAAGGAGAGCUGGGCCGCGUUUCCCCUCGACUGGCUCGUAGAAAACGUGAAGACGACACCACACCAGCCUGAGGAGAAGGAAAGGGAAGAACAAAUGAGCCGGACUUCUGUAGAAGCUCCCGGGGACAUCAGCGACAGGAGCGCUGCAAGAACGUCGAGUCCUUCUUCUACCAGUGUCGUGAAGCCCCUUCUCUCCUCGUCUUCCACGAAUGCUCAAGUGGGCAUCCUGGAGCAGAGUUGGUUGGCAAGCUUUUUCCCGGGCCAGGAGGUGAGUGCCGAAGCGGAACAGCACGAAGCGCAACUGUAUCCCGCGGUGCGGCGGCGGGCGGAAUUGUAUGCGGAGCACGGUUUUUAUGAGAGUGCACAACUCGUCCCCCUCCCCCUCAUUUGUAUGGCAUGAACAGCAAUUCAAACACCAAGACACGUGGAGCCGACGCAUGACAAGUUCAUGCGCCGACUAUCGUACUGCGUGGGCUUCCAGAAUCUGUCAUGCAAAGAGUGCUACAAGGAAGCGAAGCAACUGGGUUUGGGAUUUUGCAUUACAAAUGAGGGGGAGGGGGAGUUGUGUACUGUCAUAGGGUUCACCGAGAGAGGUACGCCGACGUUCUCAAGCACGCGCACGUCCACGUGGACGCGCGUCAGAAAAUUGCAAAGAACAUCAACUCCGAUAAAAACUUCUAUCCGUCUUUCGAGCAGAUUUACAAGGCCGAGGUGAUGGAUAUGGGAUUUCUAAACGUUAUAUUCUCAACUGUGUACGUGAUUUGUCAAUCAAAAUUAACAUCAGCAUCCACACGAUGAAAAGCUGCUGCGCAUGACAAAUUUCUGAAGGGCGAAACAGCAUGGAAUAAAUCUGUGCCGAAUUUGUAAUGCUAGAGUCGCAUCAAGCUACGCCCUUUGACUCUUGCCAUUCUUACAUUACAAAUUCAUGUCUUAACAGUUGAGAGUGUAACGUUUGAGAACGCCAUAAUGGACCGACAUCGACGUUUCCUCGUGAACAAGGGGAUGCUGUCGAAAGUGAGAGAACAGCUACACAAUUACUACCGUGCGAAGGACGAGCGCGACGAUGUUGUGUGGCAGAGACGAGAGGAGUUUGGCGACGAGGAAGAACUACAUCAAGGUGAGACCACUUCUGAUCCUCCCGCCACUGAUCGUUCUUCGUCGACCGCCAUUCGCGAUGCCGAUGCCAAACUGCAGACCGCCAUGCGGGAGAUGCGAAUGGCCGUGGAGAAUCCGAUUUCCGGCAAGCUCGAGUUCAACCCGUUACACCAGCAAGUGCAACGCUCCUUCCUUCGCAACCCUUCGGUCCAUGUGACUCACGACGAGCGCUUUCAGCCGGCCAAGCAGUUCAGCGAGGAAUUGCUGUUGUGCCCGUUGCAGACGAGCAGCGAACUGUUCCGGCUCCUUUACGACCGGCUCCUCCGGGAGAUGAGAAGACUAGGAUGGGAACGCUUCGAAAAGGUCUACGGGAUCGACGGUGAGGACACGACCAAGGGGCCUCUCAUCGGCAGCACCCCCGGAGAAGGAGGUGCUGCGAACAAGUACAAGGCGGCCGCCAAGAGCAAGCGCAUGAGUAGCAACAGCAUCCUGAAGCGGGUCGGCUUGGCGGGGGGUCAGGUCGAUGUGGCAAAUCGGUAUUUGGUGCACUCGGAAGACAACAAGCCCUACCUCAUCAUCCCAGUGCUGGUCCACGGGGACGACGGUACCAGACGACAGGACUUCUUGCUAAUCCACGAAUUUACCAAGACGAACUUCGGACACGAACUGCUGUGGCAGACGCCCACCCAGGAGUGGGUGCACGCGUAUUGCCUUUCCGAAGACGGCAGCGCCAUUAUCUGGGACCCGUGGUGGGAAGCCAUCGUGAAGCUGACGCCCUUGCUGGGGGCGUUGCGCCUCCCGAUGCCUUUUCUGGUGCACAACACCAACACGGGCCGCACCGAGCCGCUCCGCGUCUCGCAGCAAAGUGCUGCAGACCUAGCCGAGGAAUUCAGGCUCUCCAAGCAGGUUCCGCGCUCGUGGACGGGCCCGGAAACCAUGCACGAUGGUAGUACCACCGUCGCGGACGGAGAGGAUAAUAACUACAACGACGCCCCAGGAGGUAUGCUGAGCAAAAACGUCCCCAUACCAGAGUCAAGAUGGAAAAUCUGCUACACAAAUCAGCCAGCUUUGGUUGUUUUGCAUGACAGAUCUGCCAUCGUACUGUAUUAAUUAAUCCUGUAUAGCGAGUUCAGCAGCAUCACAGGUCUAGCAGUAUCAUUCUGGUUCUAACACCACAAAUUCCAAAACACGACUAGGUAAUGCAUCUCCUCGCGCUCCGCAUGACAAACUUGGUUCUGGCAUGCAGUUUUGCAUGACAACUCUGGGCGGGUGGGGACGUUUUUACUCAGAAUAGGAGGCCCAGACGCGGCCAGUCCUGUGGAGGAGGAACACGAAAAGCGUCGAAUGGAGGAAAAAAUGGAUGACGUGGUAUCCAAGGAAAAAACUGUGUAAGUGUAACUUUGUGUUGCAGAAAAUGCAAAACUGUUACCCUUGUCAUGCUGGACAUGCAUCAGAGGCUAUUUUCGUAGGUGUUUUCAAGUACUAGCUACGCAUGACAGAUUUUCUGUGUCAUGCAGCUAUUGCUCCAAGAAGCUUGCGCUUACACAAUUUUUGUCUUGCACACGUGAAGCGCUUCGUAUAUUCCCAUUUGCCGCCCGAAGUGUUUCGAAAUAACAAACCCGAAGCAUACAACAGCAACGCCGGGAUUAUGAAUCAUGGGAUUAAUACCCCUCCCCCUGGGCGUGGGGCAGCAGCAGGAGAGCGCCAACAACUACCCCAAGCCUUCGGCGGCAUUCGCGUUAUUCGGGCGUCGGAUCUGCAACAUGCUCAUGGUCAACAUGCACACAACUACUACCAGCACCACAACCAGCAUUAUAAUUUAUUUGGUGGAGAACAUCAACAUCUUCAAAACCUGCAGUACGCGCAACAAGCUGGAACAACUUCCAGUUCCACAACCGCCCAACAUCAAAUGAAGAACAGCAAUGAGAACAACCGCCACCGCGCCGCAGUUGCGGGAGGCGGCUUAAACCUCGUGCCAGGUGGCGGGGAAAAUCUGAAUCUUCUGCAGCAGCUCGAGGAUCUGCAAAAGCAAGGUCUUCAAGCCGAGGGCAUGCAACAGUCAGGUGCAGCUGCUGCACCUAGAGGGCAACAUCAAAGAACUUCUGGGAGCAAAAAUCUUCACGUUACUAAAACUGCCACUCCUAUGAAUUGCAAAAGUAUCGUACUCGUAUAAAUGCAUUACAAAUUUUCUCAGCAUGAGAAAUGAAAUUUGUAAUGCAGAUUUGCCUUGGAAACAAGAUUUGUAAUGCAAUGCUUGCAUUUAUACGAGUGCGAUACUUCUGCACAGGAUAACUCCGCACGUGGUGAACUCGCUAAGCGAAUUGGGAAACUUCGACUUGUCUGGAGCGAAGCUCUACCAAAAGUAAAAAUGUCUGGGUCUGGAUACUUGUGAUGCUGGGUGGCGUCUCAUGAUGAGGCUACAGAUGCUGGCUCAGCAUGAGAAGUUUCUGAGCUCCUGGGUGUUGCCAAUCCUGCAUGACAAACUGCGCUUCUGCAUCACAGAAAAGCGGAGCUCUUGGGUAACGGGCAUGACAGAUUUAAGAGUCAUGCCAGACAAGCAUGACAAACAUGAAUUCUUCCAGACCCAGACACUUUUACAUUCGAUAAGCUCAAAGUAGACUGGUUAGAUUGAAGAACUCGAACGCACAGUAGUUUUUUGAGGAGGAUACAACAUUUUUUUUCGCUUCGAUCGUAUGAUUUUUUUUUUUGCUAGCAGGACCAACAAGAGUGCAACACUGGAGUUUUUGAUGCAGCUUCAAUUCCUAGAAAAAAAGCAGACACGCUGCCUGCUCUUCCUAGAAAACAAAACGCAAUAAAUCAUGUUUUUAUAGAUACGAAUGUGCUGUAGCAGCUGCAGCUCCGGGGACCGGUGGGGUGGUACUUAAGCACCUUUCCGAGCACAGACUCGAGUAGGUGCUCUGCUACUACUCGCCACGCUGCGCACUGAUGAGUGCUGUUUCAAGUACAACUACAAAACUAUAACAGAAUGAUCUGGUCUGACGUCGGAGCUUCCUGUCGUAGUACCUUUCAUCUCUCAACGCAUCAGCCUCAAUGAACUACAGGACUAUCACGACCUUUGUCAAGAACGAGCUGCAUUUUGUUGCCCGGAGUAUUUUAAUUCAUAGUGCUGUAGCCGUUAGCGUAAAUAAAUUUCAAAAAUCAAUAGGCGUACUUGUUUUGCUGCAAUUUUAUUGAAAGAAUUUUUAUAUGUCCAUGUCGGAAUCAAGAGCAGUAACUGUAAUACUAAUACCGUGGGGAUGCUCGUGCUUGUGUCACGUUUUUUGUAAACGUUUCUUCACACUCAAAAUAAAUAUCGUUUCAGUUCAUUUUUAUUGUAAUUACACUCAGCUUUGAGUUGGGUUCUUUCGUAGUGAAGGGGUUUUUAAACUUAUGAUUUUUCGUAAUUUCGUCGUUCCGCUCAGUAGAUCUUCUCACCAGCCUAUAGCUCUUGCUUGCUCGAAAUCGAUAGAACAAUAUCUCGACGAAGCUGCCAUUAUUUGUACGCGCGCUUCUGCAUAAAGCUAUGAACCUCGAUUACUCUUGCUCAGGAUUGUUCUACCGCCCCCCGUCGUUCGGACGAUCGCAACAGCUGACCCUGCAGUUGGUAGAACUGUUUGGCACUUGAAUUUAUUAUUCCCCGAUGAUUAAUCGUGCCUGGGGCGGAUUAUAUGGAUUUUAGGAUUUGAAACUUGAUUUACCAACGAGAAACGACAACCUCGUGGUGUGAGUUGUUUCAAGCAGAUGAAACAGAAAUGAUAGACAAGUCGGGAGAAGUAGAUAAAAACGGUAGGGAAAAGUAAAGUAACUCGUCGCAUUUUUAUUAUCGCUCAGAAGAAGAAGUUCAACUUCGAAAGAGCCAUGGCAGUUGUAGUUGUCCUAAGAAAAUGAACUGCAACUGACAUGGGUUUUUCUCUCUCGAUAGAAAACGUAGUUUCCAUCAGAAAUAUAUUUCAUCUCUUUUUCGGUUUAUUUUAAAGACUUACUCCAUCACCACCGCCAAUAUGAACAAGAGUAUACUUGAUUUACUACGUACUGGGUUUUAUAUAUUGAUACAGAUAGAAAUUGCAAAAAUUGUUUUCACGAGGAGGAUCGUUUCUGAGUACAACGAACUAGGAGCUAGGCUCCUGCACCAAGAACCGAGAUCGCCGCGAAUUCUGAACUUGGUAGAGGUUUUAAGCCCCCGCCGGACACGGAGAAAAGGGAUGAAAGACCAGCACACCUAGUACAAACAACUAUGCCGCAAUAAAUUCAGCAUGACGGUAGCAAUUACGUUACAACAGGCUUUAUUUUCCCUUACUUGUAAAACGUGUCAACCAAUUAUCUCUAAACUUUUUUGCGCCGAGCCACUGGAGGUGGGCGAGCGCCGGUGCGUUCCUCUGCUAGUUGUUACGCCAGCGCUCAACAAAUUCGCAUCUUGAUGUUUUUUCUUUUCUCGGAAGGUGUAGUCACUCCUCGGCCUCCCGUUACGAAGUUAAGGGUUGAAAAAAUUAAGUUUUACAUCAGGGUUUUGGUUCGUGGUUUCAUAGAUUUCGCAGCCCCCGCCUUUGUCCCUCUUCGCACCGCCCGGCAGUUGUCCAGGUGGUGCCUUGGUUCGUAUUUCGUCUGGCUGGCAAAACCAAAGCCGCCGGGCCUUCAGAGCUGAAGGCCCUUCUACCUUGAUGCCGAUCCAGAUUUUGUGCGAGGUGUCGCCACAAUUCUGACGAGCGCACGCUGGCUGAUUUGGGGGUCAGCAUUUCCCUCGAGAUCUAGGCUGGCAUCUACGCCAGGCAAGCCGCCUCGCCUCGCGCGUUACUUGGUACGCGGAGCAGGCUGCCCGGCUUUUCUGCCUCCGGAUCUCGUUCCGCAAUCUUGCUGGACAACGUCCGGAGGCAGAGAUAGAUCGCCAUCCUGGCCAGCCAAAGAGAUGCUUGCCCCUGUGAUGGCUGCCGCCAAAGCGGCAGGGUUUUGGUCAGGGUUUUGCUCCGAGAAGGCCUACCGCAAUCGAAGCAAAGACUUACUUUUUUCGGGAGCUUCCCCCGAGCUAAUAAAAUAAGUUUUUGUUUUCGCUUUGCCCUCCUUUUUGUGGCUGAAAGUGUGGAGCUGUUCCGGGCCGGUAUGUUCGCCCACAUCGUGCCCAGACAACCUACCUGGCCCUGCAAGUUACUUGGGGCAAGUGACAGGGCGCCCGUCUUUUCUGCCUCCGGAUCUCGCUCCGCAAUCUUGCGCGGCGACGUGCGGAGGGAGAGGUAGAUCACCUUCCAAGUUUUUUCUUUUCUCGGAAGGUGUAGUCACUCCUCGGCCUCCCGUUACGAAGUAGAAAAUUGGCGUCCGAAACUCCGGUCAAGAUAAUAUGCCGCAGCAAUUAUAGAUUUUGUCGGUGCUUUCUUUAGCUCGUAGCUUUCUUUGGCUCGUAAGCGACAUGCGGGGAACGCCCGUACCUGUUUCAGGUAUGCUGGUUUCUUUUUCCCUGUCGAGGUCAGUUUGCUUGCAGGGACAUGGUCUACGACAAGCAUGAUAUUUGUAUGAGCAUCACCAGCAAUUGAAGCGCAUUUUCUCCGAGUCAAAACUUUACUCCUGGAUAUUAGAAAAACUUUACUCCUGGGUGCAUUGUCCCUAUCUGAUUUGAUAAUCAGAUCACGCUAAUACGCCCUGACGCAUCAUUCAUUUUUGUUCUUCGUCGUUGUUCUUCGUCGUCGAUGAGAACGGAUACUACUUGAAAAUCAACCAAAAACCGUGGGGGCGAGGGGCCUCGAGAGGGUCCCUGGAUGCUGCAGGGGGCCCCAGCGAGCCUCGUCCCUUUAGGAACGAACGACAUCGGUCCAGAGUAUAAACAAAAUAAUGACGUCGUCCCUCUCACUGACAGCGCCGCCGCAGCACGGGUAACCGCGUAGCCCCGUCGUGGAGUUAGAUAGAAGGCCUCGGAUAGCAAUAGCUUAAGAGUAAAAAAGAAAGUAUAGAAGCCGGGCAAUAGAGAAAUAGCGCAUAGACUAGCUUAUACACUCCACCCGCGCCCGCCGUGGUCGUGACCUUCGUGCCGUGAUCGAGCGACGCGACAAGGGCCUGCGUUUUUCUUAUGGACGAGGGCGCAGGACAUGUCAGUGAGAGGAACCCGGGGGCUUGUCCUUAUCGAUCUUUUGUCGUUCCCCUGGUUAUUCCUUUGACUCCACCCAUGCUAUCUUUCUUUGUGCAUCAGCACAGCCAGCGUGCUCGAGAACAGCGCCCCUCUUAACGACGUCGGACGUGGACGCGCCUACACGCGCGACAGAAGGACUUCCGCCAACGACGGGGGAGAGUCAACCGAGGAUCGACGACGGGGGAGCUAUCUGUACUACGUCGGAGCGGGCGACGUUUUUAUAAUAUCAUCAUGCUGCACUACUUCAUGUAGACGGUGGAGGGAUUGGGAGUCCUCCACUGCGGGCUUCAGCCGACAGGUAACUCUGUUGCUUCGCCCUCACAACCAUUCGACACAGUAGUGGCUCACUUCCUCUCGUCGAACAGGCGUGGCGUCUGGGCACUCUGGUUACGGGCUUCGGUCUCGACCCUGUUGUCGCUCCAGCGCCACAAACCCAAAAAACUCCAGUCCCCGAGCCCAGUCCCUUAACAGGUCCAGAGAGCCACUGAGCACGCAGCAGCUGGGUCGAAUGGGGUGAUCGCAGUACAGACUCGGUGUCGGGCCUUGAGCGGUAGAAGGAAGACAACGAGUGGCACUGAAGUCCUAGGUUAUGCACACCCGGAAGGGCUAUUUGUCCACUUUUACAGAUCUACUAUCCGCUCGGCUUGUCGGCACCAAAAAUAUGUCCUAUAGUUAAGCUUAAGAAAGAAGUAGCUUAGUAGAUAGAAGCUUACUAUAGAGGUUUCCUCCUCCUCCUCCUCCUCGGAAGGUGUAGUCACUCCUCGGCCUCCCGUUACGAAGUAGAAAAUAGAAAACCGCAGCGUCGAGCGUAUCUCUCGUCUGACACGGUUUGAUAUAAUUCCACCAGAAAACUUAAACUUUUACGACGACAGCAAGAACCGAACGACGACGCCCCGCGAGAAGGACGCGUUCGGAACAAGGCCGAAGUCAGAAUUCGCAGCUUUCAUCCAGGUCAAAAUCACAGGAGAACGGGGAACAGUGAAACAAUUCUAAAUUCAACCUCCUAAUCAACAUCCAAUCGUGAAUGUGAAGAACCCAACUUUAGUAAAUUUCUGUGCUACUAUAGCUGUACAACUCCGGUUGUAUUAGCUUCGGUAAGCGGAC